AUGACGAAAUUCGACCCCAGGCACCGCUAUAAUGCUGUUGGACCCGGCGACCACCACGCUGAAGGUCAAAGCCAGCAGGACGAUUCUGGACCCCAGAAGACCCCUCUUUAUCACCACGUUUCCUGCGCCGCAAUUACCCCGCCGGCGACACCUCCCGUGCCAAGACCCGUUGAGGAUUCCCACUCCAAUAACUAUUCUGCGACCGCAUCGGCGCAAAGUGACGACACAUGCUCGCUGGCCCAGUCCCACACAAGCACCGCCUACAGUUCGCGACAGGAUUACAUGGACAGUCUUGUGCCGCCAUCGCGUGACGAAUUUGACAAGAUUGCAGAAGCGCAGCGCACGCGCGAGGAGGAGAUUAAGCGCAAUAGCCGCACCACGAAGCGCAGGUCUUUACAGAGCCAACAUAAUUCAGAAAUGACCCGUCACUCACAGGAUGACACUGACACGGCACCGGCGCAGCCGCCGCAGUCGCCGACGACAAGAGGAAGAAGCAGCAGCGAUGCGAUGAAUAGGGCCGCAACCCUCAUCCAGCGCAACUAUCGCGGAUACCGCGUGCGACGAGAAAUGAUGGGCAUGGGACUGGAUGCCUCGACGAGGUGGAUGUCCGCUAUUGAAGAGGCGCAGUUCCGUGAGAUGAAUCGCCCGCGCGCAAAAAGCUCAGUCAGCGCCGCGGGCCUCUCCAUCAGCGGCGACCAGCAUAGCGUUUUGUCAAGGGACUCGGAGGGUGGUAUGCGUCCGACGACGGCGAGAGAGAACUGGAAGAAGGCGGCGACGAUCGCGCGGCGCGCAGGCCACGACGACACUGAGUCCGACUCGGACUCGUCAUCCUCGUCGGGGGGUUCGCAUGAAUCACCAGAGCAGAAGGCGGAUCGACGGCGUCGCCGCAGCGAGGCCGUCGAGAAGAGGAAGAAGGAUUCCAAGAUGAUGGGUCUGCAGUACUUCCUCGAAAUGGUUGACCUCAAGCACCGGUAUGGCAGUAAUCUGCGUGUGUACCACGAGGAAUGGAAGAAGUCGGACACGAACGAGAACUUCUUCUACUGGCUCGACUACGGCGGCGGCAAGAACCUCGAGAUGGAGGCAUGCCCGCGCGAUCGCCUCGAGAGAGAGCAAGUGCGGUACUUGUCGCGCGAGGAACGACAGUAUUACCUCGUGCAGGUCGACCAGGAGGGGCGUCUAUGCUGGGCCAAGAACGGCGCACGAAUCGACACCACCGAGUCGUACAAGGACAGCAUCCACGGCAUUGUCCCUGCUGACGACCCCACGCCCGCGUGGUCACAGCAGAACAUCCCUCCGCCAAGCCCUGACUCUGAACGCCGUGAUGACGACGAUAGCCGGUCCGAGUCGUCGGUCGAGUCGGCACUCGAGGCCGACAGGGCGGCAAAGUACGCGACGCCCGAAUUCGACAGCGCGACGGGUAUGAAGAAGGUGUCGCACAUCUCGGCUGCCACGGUCUUCAAUAAGCUCCUCAGAAAGUCCGUCAAGAAGAACACAUGGAUCUUCGUCGCGGACACGAGCUUCCGGCUGUACGUGGGCAUCAAGUCCUCGGGGGCGUUCCAGCACUCUAGUUUUCUCCAGGGCAGCCGCAUAUCCGCUGCAGGUCUCAUCAAGAUUAAGAACGGCAGGUUGUCCAGCUUAUCCCCGCUGAGCGGACACUACCGCCCGCCGGCCUCCAACUUCCGCGCCUUCGUAAAGAGCCUCAAGGAGGCGGGCGUUGACACCUCGCACGUCUCCAUCUCCAAGUCGUACGCCGUCCUGGUGGGGUUGGAGGUGUACGUCAAGUCACGGCAGAAGAGCAAAAAGACUCUCGAGAAGCUGUCGCUGAAGAAGGAGAAGAUUGUCGCGCCGGAAGAGUUUAAGAAGCGCGAAGAGGAUGAGAUGGAUAAGAGCGAGAGCGCCGCCAAGGAGCGCAAAGUGCUUGAGCAGGAGGCCGAGGAGAGGGAAGAGAACCGCGCUGCGGUCAAGUUGAUGCGCAAGUUGAACCUUGCGCCGCGCGAGCCGACGGGGCAAAAGGGGGUCGAAGAGAGCGAGCCUGUGAUGGAUACUUUGACGGAAGAGAGAACGAGGGAGGAGCGAGCGGCUUCUUCUAACGUGUAA